AUGCGUCUUCGAGUACGCAUAGAGCGAAACGAGCUGCCUGCAGUCUCUGUCUUGUGGGCCAUAGGAAACACGGAAUUGAAGCAAACUGUCGCGCAAUUCCUGGAGCGUGUCGACGAACGCUUUCCACUUGAAGGUGGGUCUUGGGGUUUCGAGGACUACUCGGUUUCUGUUGGCGGCUUUGAGGUUCUGCACUACAAUGAAGUCGGGACAGUCUUCCAGAACGAAGAUGAGGUGGUCAUCAAACCUCUCCAGACAGCGGAUGUAAGAGCAAGAAGAAUCACAGGAAGAGAACAGAUUGCGCAGGACGGCAGGCAUAUGUUGGACGGUGUGCCAUGGGGCAAGCCGUGUCUGAAGCGACCGAUACGACCGCAUUUGGCCAUUCCGCCACGCAAGAGGCAAAGAAUGGAGAAUAGCACACCACUCGCUAUUGGCAACGGAGAGGAGCAGGAUUUGAUGGCUAUAGAGGACGAUGACGAUGAGGAGGAGGAGGACAUGGACUUUGAGUAUGGGGAAGAGGACGAUGACUCGGAUGUGGACAGCGAGGAGGAUGAUGGUUCACAAACCGAGACGGAGCCCGUCACAAAGCGAACAACAAGACGAAGUGCACACCUUGACGAGGAAGCUGAGCUCGACGGCACCGAAGAGGAAGGCUCUGACGACGACGAAGAUGAGGAUAAGACUCCCUCCGAAGAUGAGAGUGACACCUCGGAUGACGAUUCCAGUAGCGACAGCUCAGGUGGAUCAUCAUCGAGCGACUCGGAUGACGCCUCAAGCGAGGCAAGCGAGGCAUCGUGGAAUGGUAUUAGCACAAGUGCAGCCGCAGCAGCCGAAGUUUCACCAACCUCAUCACCGCAAAGCGUGUGUGUCAUUACCGAACGGUCAAACUCCAAGCCAAGUCAACCUUCUGGGCUGCCUUAUCAGGGCAAGCCUGAGACAAAAAGUCGCAACAUGCGACGUCGGCAGCAGCGGCAGUUGAGAUUUCUCAAAGAGAUUGGUGUGAUACACAGCGACGCAACUCUGAGAGAUCUGGUAAAGAUGCCAAAGAAAGAACUGGCGCUGCAUCUGAAGAAAAGCGAGACCCUUCGGAAUACGCUAGUCGAUUAUCCAGGUCCUACAAGCCUGGAAAGAAAAGACCACCACGAGAUUGAAGACGAGUCUGAGACGGCGCUGCUCCACGGAGCACAAGCUGCACUCGAUCAAGCCAAGGAGAUGACGACUACGAUAACAUCUCCGGAAGUCGACGUCCCUCCACACGCCAUGAACGACAACAGCACUGUUGCCAAUGGAGCUGAUGCUGAAGCUGACACUGGUGCUGAUGACGACCCGCCUGAGGUUGAAUCUACCACUCAGAGACCCAAGCGCAUUGAUCUUGCUGCGACUAAUCGUCUGCUGUUUGGUUCUCUGGGUGUGCGAACGCCCAAAACUCAAGCAGAAAAAGAUGCAUUGCAGGAGAAGCUUACGGCCCGGUCAAAGCGAAAGCUGCCUACAAAUUACCCAGAGCAGCCUUUACCACAGCCCGAGCAAACUGACCAGGCGGAGCUUCCAAACGCCUGGCUCGACAAAGUUGAGGUGUCCGCCGUCGAGUGCUGUGAUGACGGCGUAACCCUAUCCGCGCCGCCUUUCCCGUUCAAGCAGCGUUGGGAUCCGCAAUAUCAGUACCAGAAGAACAAACGUAACAGCUCUGCUUCCAAUUUGUCCAAGCGGCAGAAGAAGCGUAAAACCAACGUCAAUGGGGAACAGUACGUUGAGAGUUAUGACAAAUACAACACCAACGGCGGAAGUGACGCGCUUGACUACGAUGACCCGCUGGAGGAUGAAGAUGACAGUUACUGGGAGGACGGCGCUCUGCUUGAUGAUGCGUACAACAAAGAAGAAGAAGAAGAAGAAGAAGAAGCGCAGUCCACGGUUGAUGAUGGCUUCCCCAGCCUGCCUGACGAUGUUUCCUCGCUACCCCUGUUGUCCAAGGCCAAUGCUCUCAAGGGUGACUUUGUUGUUUUCAAUGAGUUAGCCGUGUCUGCGGCCACAAAUUGGCAGCCAGGCACCAUCACGCGGACCGUUCGCCUGGAGAGCAAGGAUGGCGAUGCGUGGAUUGUUAAGCUCGCAAAGCGCGAUAUGCAGCCCAAAGAGUACGACGAAGAUGGCAAUCGCGUCUAUCGCAAAUUCGAGAUGGAAGGCCUGAGCGAAGACGAAGGUGAUGACGACGUCCAGAUUCUGCAGUGGGCUGAGAUGCAAGAUCCCAGAUUGUUGCACCGCGUGGCCACUGAGUAG